CCCUGCCAAUGUCUAAUUUCCCGUCUAGUUUCCCUACCUUGGCCCUUCGUGAAUGACUGAUGAAGCAAGCAUUCGCGUUGGGAGUAGGAAGUGAGGAUCCAGUCUUCCCUAACAAAGCCCGAGGCCUAGACCAGAGUCGUCCAAGGCAAAAACCCCCUACCAUUAGCAACCACUGCUUCAACUACUUCAACCAUGCUGCAAUUCCUUCAAACUUACAAGAGUCUCAUCAGCCAAAUUUCACUCUCUGUGUUUCUCACUCUCCUCCUUAUCUUGCUCAAGGUUCCCAUUUUAUUUCUUCAAGGCCUCCACACUUACAUCCACCCUGAAAAUCUUGCCCAACAAAAUGGUGUCAAAGCUGCUAUUCGAAGACCCUCUUCCUCCUCAGAUUCAGCUUCUGGCCUUGACGGCUAUCAGAAUUUGUCUUCCAAGUCUGCUGCUGACUUCAAGAGGAGAAAUAAAUCCAAGGAAAAGUUCGAGUUCGAUGAGAAUAAUGCACAGAUCUUUAGGUUGAAGCUCGAUGAAGCUCAUCUUCAAUCUCGCCUCUACUUCCACGAUUAUUGGUAUUCCUUUGUUUACUCAUCAGUUGCUCUUUCUUGCUUGUUGCUUUAUAAGUACUUGGAUGUGGUUGAACAUGAUGAGAUCUUCGCAAUUGGGUCUUUAAUUCCAUUGAUUUUGGGAUUUAUCGGUUUAUCCAAAUUAUUUUUAUCAUUAGCUAGAGUAUCGUUCGAGAAAUCUGCCUCGAAGAGGUCGGAGAAACAAUUGAGUGCACUUUUGGGGGUUCUGGGAUUCCUUUUUGGGCUUAUGAUUUGUUCAGGAGUUUUUCAUUCGGUUAUUGACUUCGAUUACCGUUCAGUUGAUGGCUAUGGAAGGGUUUUUGUUGCAUUUUUAAUGGGAUGCCUGGCUGGGUUUCUGUACAUGCCUGCGGGCAAGAAUGCACGGGCAUUUUGGCUUGGAACAGAUCAGCUUAGAUCUAAUAUGACUAUGAUUUCCUGUGGAUGGCUUGCUAGGAUCAUCCUACAUGCCAAUUAUUUGUUGUCUCUUUUCACAACAUUGCUUUGGAUUAAUCCAUUAGCUGAUAUUCUUAUCAACAAAAGCGUUUAUAGUAAAAGUAUACAUCCAAAUUCAAAUACUAGUGCCGAAUAUGUUGACAAGUUAGUAGGGAAUCUCGGUAUUACACAAUCAGAGUUUUCAAAGUUUAGACUUUGGUGCUUGUUCUGCUCGGGGCUUUUGCAGAUUGUGGCUUUAUGGCCAAACAUGCAAAUGUAUUUGAAUGAAGCAUUGUUGUGUUGGUACCAGCGGUUGCACGCCAGCAAAGUUCCAGAUUUGGAUUUCAGCAGAGCCAAGGUUUUUCUGCACAACCACUACUUAUGUCUUGUAGUCUUGCAGUUUUUUGCACCUCCAACCCUGGCACUUCUCUUCCUUGGUUUAUCUCAGAUUGAUAUCCCGUUUAAGAAAUUGCAAUUGUUAUGCAGUUUACUUCCUUGUACUGCUUUUGUCAAAGAAGUGACUUUGCUUAUGGCCUGGUGGGUUAUCUUUCUAUGGGCAGUGUUUACUUCAGCAAGUCUAUUCUUAUAUCGCCGUGGUAUUUUAUAUGUUUCUUGAUUGACUUCAAUCUUUCUUUUUCCUGGCGGCCUCCAAAGCUAUGUCUUGGACUUCAAUUUUUGUCUAAUUAUGAGUGAAGAGUUUGUUUGUAACAGAUUCUUAUCUAGUUAACUGAUACAAGUCAAUGCACGGACAAGAACAACGCUCAGAUGUCUUGUUGUUUAAUUCUCUUAGUAAUUGAAUGCAAAUACAGAGACUAAAUCAAAAGUUUUGAAACUCAA